CAUAUACAGUUACUCAUUCAUACAUAACAGCAUCACAAACACAACCGCUGAAGAUGGUGUUCACUCAAAUAACACUAAUAUUGUGCGCAACACUGCUUUUAUCAGGCACCAGUAUUGCCAGACGCCAAGCAGAAAGUGACUAUAAUGAGAUUUUCAAUACCUACAACUAUCCCUUGACUUGGUCAGGUAGAUAUCUAGAAUGGAAAGGCUACAAUGCUGAGACUCUGCAGUUUACAAGCUUUCCCGCCAUGGAUAGUAGUAGCGAGUUCAAGACCGCGGACGGUAUUUGCUUGAUACUCGCAACGACCAAUGGAUUCUCCACAGUUGAAAUCGGUGCAUGCAAUGGUCAGCUGUUUACACCUGUUUCAACCACGAAUGAGCUGAGGAAUGAAAAUCCCCCGAUUGGUGUGUGUGCUGAAGAGGAUAGUUUGCAAUACUUCAAAGCAUGUCCCUCUACAGAAUCUGGAGAACUGUGCCUCGGAGAAAAUGAAGGAUACGCAUCAGUUCGACCCUGCAGUGGAUAUGUGGCUAAGUUGCUGAUUCAAAACUUUGAUGAAGGAGACAAGCCCAAACCAACAGAGGUGACGGAGGCGAAAGGUUCAGGUACAAAAUACUCAUGUGCCGAUGUGAUCUGGUACGUUAACGUAGUGGAUGAAUACUUCAAUCCAGCAGCCUCAAAACAGUACCCUGUAUUUCAGCGCUUGGCCUGUGUACAGGUAUCUGAUAGCAAGUGGUAUGCAACCGAGACUAUUCAGCACGGGAAAACUUGCAUAGCGAAUACAGAUCGUUCUGCCUGUAAGGAGUACAAUACGGUAUUAAACUGCCGGACGGCUCAGUACAAUACCGAAAAUAUUAUGAAAUACAAUGGCCCGGAUUUCAAUCUCAUUCGUGAAGGAGCCAUGUGCUUGUGAGUGGACCCAGAAUCGACUUCACAGUACAAAAGCAUGUAUAUUCGUGCCUUUUACGAACAAUCAACGGGUCUUACCAAUUGGAUGGCUGGUGAUGAAGUUGGCAAGUGUGACACGUACGCCAAUGGCAAAGAUUGCUUUGCGAAACUAACUAAAAUUCCCGAUGUAUCUGGCACUAAGGAAUGUGCCGACAAGGAUCAAAGCAAUGAAAGUAGCUGGUGCUACCAGGUUGCGCAGUUCAUGACGUUUUACCACUUGUAGAGAACAAAUACGUAGACCAAUAGACCUCGGCUUGAAAAAGACCAUCAACGAGUUAGUUUGUUCAAUACACUGCACAAUAUAUAAAUAACAGUAAUAAACUAGCAACAGAUCCGCUUGCCUUGAGUAUGUUGAACAUAAAAAACAUGGUUUAUAUUCCAACACGGA